AUGUGCUUGGCCAUGCUGCUGCUGCUGCUGUCGCCUACGCUGCUACUGAGCCUGGCAGAGCCUCCACAGGAGAGGGUCCCGCUCUUCCGGCUCACUCAGCGGGGCCCCUGGGAGGACGGCGACAGCAACGCCACGGGCUCUCCCUGCGAGGGGAUCCCCGCCGCGGAGACCACCUCCUUGACUCUCGUGAACCGCAGCCUCGAGCGCCUGCCCAGCUGCCUGCCUCGCGCGCUGCGCAGCCUCGACGCCAGCCACAACCUGCUAAACGCCCUGAGUGCGCAGGAGCUCGGCGCGCUGCCCCAGCUGCAGGUGCUGACACUGCGCCACAACCACAUCGUGGAGCUGCGCUGGGGCCCUGGCGGGCCGGCGGACCUGCACAAGCUGGACCUCAGCUAUAACCGGCUGGCCGCCCUGCCGCUCUGUGACUCCAGGGCCGCGCUGCGCAGCCUCCGUGCGCUGCACCUCGCCGGGAACCCGCUGCGGGCGCUCCAGCCCGGGGCCUUUUCUUGCUUCCCGGCGCUCCGCUUUCUAAACCUCUCCUCCACUGAGCUGGGCUACGGAGGCCAUGAGGCCAUCGCAGAGGCGGCGUUCGCUGGAGUAGACGGCAGGGCCCUGGAGACGCUCGAGGUCCUGGACCUCAGUGGCACGUUCCUCACGCGCGUUCAUUCAGAGUGGAUUAGAGACCUGCCAAAUCUCACAUCCUUCUACCUGAGGAAGAUGCCCAGGCUGAGGAACCUGGAGGGGAACAUUUUCAAGAUGACCCCCAACGUACAGCGGCUGGACUGUCAAGACUCCCCAGCCCUCAUCUCUGUCCACACACACAUCUUUGAAGACACACCUCGCCUACAAGCUCUUCUUUUCCAGAACUGCAACUUGAGUUCCUUUCCUCCUUGGACAUUGGAUUCCUCCCAGGUCCUGUCUAUUAACCUCUUUGGCAACCCCCUCACUUGCAGCUGUGAGUUGUCCUGGCUCCUGUUGGACACAAAGAGAAUUGUCCUAAACAGGGCGGCAGACACGGUGUGCACACCAGCAGGCUCCAGUGGUACCUUCUCAGCCUCUCUUACUCUCUCCCAGCUGCCCACUGUGUGCCAGUCAGACCAAAACAUCACCCGUGUUUCUUCAACCCCACUCACCUCUGACCACUCAACCCACACCCCAUCAACCCAGGGCUUGAUGCUGACCUCUCCCAGGGAUCCUCCCACCCUGCCCAGCACAACCCCCUGCUCCCAGCCUGGGGGAGGCAGACAGAGUGUCACCAAGGCCCCUUCACUUCCCAUGAAUUCCUUGGUAUCAGCCGCAGGGCCCCACAGCAGUGGCUUGGAGGGGGCCGCCCACUCUACCACCAUCUCCACAGCUGGUUCUGGCAACUCCAGCGUCCCGCCCAGGGCUGCAGGCACAGUCAGGACAGAGCACCGAGCAGAACAUACAGUGGGCCUUGUCGGCGGGCCUUCCGUCUCAGCCGUCCCCACUCCUUUCGCCAGCAAACAACGUGGUACCUUCCCUACCUCAGGAAACCCAGUGAGCCCGCUUCAGCCCAACCAGGGGACUACCGAGGCUCCCCACUCAAGCCCCACUAAAGGCAGGAUCCCCAUCGUCCAGCUGGACGACUACAGAGAGGAAGAGGAGGAGGAGGAGGCGGAGGAGGAGGAGGCGCAGGAGUGGGCUGCAGGUGCGUCUCAGCAGGACGUCACUUGUGAUUAUAACCCCUGCAAGCACCUGCAGACCCCGUGCGCAGAGCUGCAGAGACGCUUGCGCUGCCGAUGCCCGGGCAUCAGCAGGGAAGAUACCGUCCCGGACCCGCCCAAGCUCCAGGGUGUGUCGGAGGUGACCGACACGUCCGCGCUCAUCCACUGGUGCGCCCCCAACUCAGUGGUGGACGAGUACCAAAUCCACUACCACCCCGAGGGCCGGACGGAGGUCCCGGCAGUUGUGGGGAAGGUCCACGCCACGGUGCGGCAGCACCCUCUGGUGGGGCUAGCGCCGGCCACCACGUACCAAGUGUGCAUCUUGGCGGCCAACCGCGCGGGCCUCAGCGGGCGGCGCUCCUCGGCGUGGAGGCGCCCGUGCACCGCCUUCACCACCAGGCCCAGCUCCUCGCUGGUGCUGGCAGCGCUGGGCGCCUGCAGUGGCCUACUGCUCCUCAGUACCCUGGUGCUGGCCGGCUGUCUCUACCGGCGGGUCCGGACGCCCCACCCGGAGCGCCACCACACGCACCUCGUGGCCUACAAAAACCCGGCCUUUGACUACCCCCUGAAACUCCAGACCUUCAACUAG